AGCUCCACUCAUACAUAACCUGUCGUCUAAUCAACUUGAGUCAUGAUAGUAUUUGAAUAUACUCUUCUAAUCUUAUGCAUAAUAGACGUGUUCGGAGAAGCUUACACACCCGGAUCGGACGAACUUUUACUCCACGCUUUAACCCCGUUACUGCAUCCAUUAGGCGGUCUAUUGUUCGAUGGUCCUGCGUCAAUUUCUAACGCUCCAACUACUACCAACCAAAACAUUUUGCCAAAUUUGGAUCAAAUGAUGUAUUACAACUACUACGCAGCGUCUACAUACUAUGCGUACGAUCAUGACGAUUUGUCAUGUGAAUAUUGCUUGAAGUUCAGCGGUGAUGUCGAUGAUCACACAGUUCUUAACAACAACGUUCACAACACACUUGCGCUAGUCACUCUCUCUAAGAAGCGACAAGAGAUUGUCGUCGCAUUUCGCGGGACAUGGAAUGUGUGGAAUGUUGUACUGGAUGUAUUGCUCAUAGCUGCAACACCUUAUGAUACUCCGGAACCGAUCUUGAUACAUCAGGGAUUUUAUAUUGCUGAGAUGUCUCUCUACGACGACGUGGUUCGAACUAUAGCCAAAUAUCUAAAUCUAAAUCCCGGAUUGAAAGUUGUUUUAACUGGUCAUAGUUUGGGAGGAGCUAUGGCACGUCUAACGUACUUCUUCCUUGAGGAUAAUAAACAGUUUCCUUCUGUAGUAUACGAACUAUUUACCUACGGAGAACCAAGGGUGGGCAAUGUAUACUUUGCAGAAUUUAUGAAUAACCAGCCGAUUGUCAUUGCAAGAGUAGUGGCCAGAGCAGACAUUAUUCCGCAUAUACCGCCUACCAGCAUAAUAGGUACUAACCUUCUGGGCGAUUAUUACGUGCAUGCACAAACCGAAUUUUGGAUAGAUGGUCAACAAGACCAAAAAUUUUGUCAACAAAAUGUGUACGAGGACCCAAACUGUUCAAUGUCUUUAGGACCACUGUACAACGUCGUAGAUCAUGUCACCUACUUUGAUACGAAUCUUGCAAGUGUUAUUGGCCAACCGUUGGUGGUUGCAUAUCUUCCACUACGUCUACUCAAUCCGGUUGAUACUUUGCCUCCGUUACCGAAACCAAUGGAAAACUUAAUUGGCGAUACAGCACAGGAACUGGUCGGUGCAAUAUCUCCUAUACUAGGCUAAGAGCUACAAAUACAUAUCGGAGUUUAGAUGU